AUCCCCCUCAACAUUUCACGAUGCCAGAGACCUUUGUUCACAAAUUCGACACUCCCGUCUUCAAGGGCACCGUCGAGAUCCCGACGGGUAUCUUCAUUGACGGCAAGUUCAUCGACGGCGCGGAUGGUAAUUACAUCGAUGUCGUCAACCCGACAAACGGCAAGGUGAUCACGCGCGUGUCCGAGGGUACGCCCAAGGACGUCGACCGCGCCGUCGAGGCCGCCCAGCGCGCGUUCGACACCGUCUGGGGCCACAACAUGCCCGGUUACGAGCGCGGCAAGCUCCUCUACCGGCUCGCGGAGCUCAUCGAGAAGUACCAGGACGAAUUCUCUGCCGUUGAGGCGCUCGACAACGGCAAGACCUUCGCGUGGGCCAAGAAGUCCGACAUCACUAUGGCCAUCGGCACCUUCCGCUACUACGCGGGCUGGGCGGACAAACUUCACGGCAACACCAUCGAAACCUCGAAGGACAAGAUUGUCUAUACCAUUAACGAGCCACUUGGUGUCGUCGGCCAGAUCAUCCCCUGGAACUUCCCUCUGAUGAUGGUCUCGUGGAAGCUCGGCCCCGCCCUCGCCGCAGGCAACACCGUCAUCCUGAAGCCGUCCGAGUUCACGCCGCUCACGGCGCUGUUCGCGGCCAAGCUCACCGUCGAGGCCGGCUUCCCGCCCGGUGUGGUCAACGUCAUCAACGGCUACGGCAGCACCGUCGGCUCGGCCAUCGCGCACCACAUGCACAUCGAGAAGGUCGCGUUUACGGGCUCGACCCUCAUCGGCCGCAAGGUCCUCGAGGCGUCUGCGAAGACCAACCUGAAGGACACGAGCCUCGAGCUCGGCGGCAAGAGCCCGAACAUCAUCUUCGACGACUGCGACAUCGAACAGGCACUCGACUGGGCCAUCCACGGUAUCUUUUGGAACCAUGGCCAGACCUGCUGCGCCGGCUCCCGUAUCUUUGUUCACGCGAAGAUUUACGACGAGUUCCUCGCCCGCUUCACCGAGCGCACCAAGCAGGUCAAGGUCGGCGACCCCUUCAGCCCGGAGACUUACCAGGGCCCCCAGGUUUCGCAGCAGCAGUAUGACCGCGUUAUGGAGUUCAUCAGCUCUGGCAAGGAGCAGGGCGCAACGGUGCACCUCGGCGGCGAGCGCUGGGGCAAAGAGGGCUACUUCAUCCAGCCGACGAUCUUCACGGACGUGCACAGGGACAUGAGGAUCGUCCAGGAGGAGAUCUUCGGGCCCGUCGGCGUCGUGAUCCGGUUCGAUGACGACGACGAUGUCGUGCACCAGGCAAACGACAGCAUCUACGGCCUCGCGGCGUCCAUCUUCACAAAGAACAUCGACCGCGCGCUUAGGACGUCGCAGAGGCUCAAAGCGGGCACGGCCUGGAUCAACUGCGCGAACCAGCUCCACCCGCAGGUGCCCUUCGGCGGCUACAAGCAGUCGGGUAUCGGCCGUGAGCUCGGCGAGCACGCCCUCGAGCACUACACCGCCGUUAAGUCCGUCCACAUCAACCUCGGACACAAGCCUUGAGAGUCUCGAUCUUGGACACUUCGAUCUCUACUUCGAUCUCUGGAUUCCAGGUAACUCAAGUGCACCAAUCCGUUGUAUAUUCUUUUUUGUAUAUGUAGGAAGAACCAAACAAAAUGUAACAAAGUUUUCCUCGCUGGGU